CCUCGGCUGCUGAGCAAGAUCCACAAGUUGGCCGACUGGCUGACGACAAGCGAGCCUUCGGCGCAGGCACUGAAACAGCACAAAAAGAGGGAGUACAAGAAGGCCGGGGUCAAGGUGAAGGAUGGCGAGGCCAACGCCAAGCUCCGCGCGCCUAUGGGCGAAAUCCCGGCUGACGCCGCCAGGCUAACCUCGGGCCCGAGCCCCGAGGACAUUGCCAGGAAGAGGGCCACCGAGCGGCGCAAGCAGAGCCACUCUAGCAGUGGCAAUCGAGGCCCCCAGCCGUCUCUGGCGUCGUCUCAGUCUUCC